AUGGCGAAGCGUGCCUGCAACCUCCUCUCCAUCGCCCUCCUGGCCGUGGCAAUGUACUCUUUGCUGCCGGCACAGGAGAGCUUCGUGGCUCCGCAGGCCUUGCGCGGUGCGUCCCUGAAUGAGAACCCAUCGAUGCUGGCCCAGGGCAACGUCCAGCAGGAAGGCCGUAGCAUCCAGGUGAGCAUGGCGGCCACUGGCGGUGAGCCAACGCGCUUCCCUCUGGUAUUCCUCGGACUACUUGCCGGCACUGCAGCUGUGGGCUUGCUACGUGUAGUCAAGGUCAAGGCUUGGCAACGGCAAAGCUGCCUGGAUAGACAUUCUUAUAGGCCUACACUCAUCGCUGCGCGUGCCUUGGGUGGACUGUGCUGGGGUCUGGCAGCCGUGCACUAUCCGACUUGGGUGAAUCGGUAUGGACCCGCUGACAAGCGCACCCUGUGGAUGGCAGGGAUCAAUGCCAUGCUCCUCACGGGGAUCGUGAGCGGCUAUGUAGUCGGAGGCCUCUCGCGUGCAACGGGGGCUGCCAGCUGGGAGUUUCUGUACCUCAUGGAAGGCCUGCUCAUGCUCGGCUGUGGCAUUUGCGGCAGCCGAUUCGCGAGCGAUGUCGUCCAGGUUGGCGAGCCGGAGCCAGCGAAGGAGGCCGAAGAGGCCGCAGUGACGGAGGUAGCCGCGGGUCACGACACGUCCUUCGUUCCGAAGGAACUGAGGGCACUGGGCCGUUCGGGCCUGUUCCUUUGCACGUUGGCGGCGGGAUGCUUCCAGUCUGGAUCGGUUGGCUUCAUGCUCUACUUCAUUACUCAAGCCCUGGGAGCAAUCUUCCACUGGAGUGCCCAGACCAUCUCCAUCGUGGUCAGCAUCGUAAUCACGGUGGGCCCCAUCGGCGGAAUCAUCCUUGGGGCCAACUAUUUGAACAGCGUCGGCGGCUACCGCAACUAUCGUCGUGCCAAUGCCAUGACGGCGGUCUGCGCUAUUCUUAGCCUUCUCAGCGGCUGUUGCCUACCACUGGCAGGCUCCUCGCCUGUGAUUUACGGUGCUGCCAACCUUGGUUUGCUGCUCUUCGGGGCAGCACCGACGGCCGCGAUCAAUGGCAUCGCGGUGUCUUGCGUCCCAGAAGCGAAGCACUUUGCCUCGGCCACCCAAUUCGCUGCGCAGAAUCUGGCAAAGCUGUUGAUCCCUUUGCUGGGUGGAGCCGUGAUCGACCGCAUUGGGCUGGUGCGGGGAUACCACACUGUUACCAUCGGUGCCCUCAUCUUCUAUGCCAUGGCGGCUUGCACUGCUUACCUGCAAGCG